AUGUUUCUCAGACAGGUAUUUUUAUCUUCAUUCGUGGUUAGUGUAACACUGUGCCACUCAGUAAGAGUGAAGAGAGGCAUCUUGGAGGGUUCCUUCGGCUUUGGAGGCUACCAAUCCAUCGAGGGACUUGGAGGGCACAACGGUUUAGGUGCAGCUCAGGUCUUUCCAUCUGCUCAAGUAGCAUUCGUCAAACCUGUAUAUGUUCAUAGAAUUUCCCCGGCGGAGAUUGCCGCCGCAAUCCAAGCCGCCAAGGAAGCUUCGUCGAGUGUCAUGGAAGCUCAGCACCGCGUUCAACAAGCCAAGGAGGAUGUCCUUCAUCAACAGCAUGUGGCUAGUCAAAAACAAGCUCAGGCUGCUUUAGCACUACAAAAAACUGAAGCUGCUGCUGCAGUCCAACAACAAGAAGCAAAGUCAGCUGCCACUGCUUUGGUCCAAGCCCAACAACGACUUGCUCAAGCCAAAGCUGAAGUGGCCGAACAACAACGGAUUGCUUCAGCUAAGGAGUCGCACGCAGCUGCUGUUAUACAAAAAAGUGCCCAUGCUGCCGCUGUAGAUAUACAAAAGACUGAUGAUAUAGCACGGAAGAUUUCACAAAUUCAGUCUUCAGGCAGUUCCGCUCUACGUCAAGCGGCGGCGUCCAAACAAGGUUCCUUGACUGCGACGUCCGCAGCCGUUGCCGCAGCUGCGGAGCACGGUACCGGAAAUUCCUAUGAAGUGUCUCCGAAUGGUCCUUGGUUCGGCAAGAAUGUUGUUCAUUUGCAGCCAUGGGGAUAGAAAAUAACUUCAUAAUGAAUAUUUUGUAAUCGUUUAUUUGUCAAUA